CCGCGAUAACAAUAGAAGAAGAAAAACAAAGCGGAAGUGUUGUGAUGAGGAAGUAGAGUUUUGGACAUCAGAAACUGGGUCCUCUUUUGACCAGAAAGAGUCUUUUUUCCUUCCCUAACAUUAUAUUUGCGCUGCUGUCUCUGUUUCAUCCAGAAUGUCUAAGAACACCGUUUCUGACCGCUUCAGGAAAGUAGAUGUAGAUGAAUACGACGAAAACAAGUUUGUGGACGAAGAGGACGGCGGUGAGAACCAAGGAGGUCCAGACGAAGCAGAAGUGGACUCCCUUCUUAGACAAGGGAACAUGACUGGAGCUCUCCAUGCUGUACUGAAGAACCCUCCAAUCAAUACCAAGAACCAGAAUGCUAAGGACCGAGCGGAGUUGCUGGUGGUCAAAGUUCUUAGCAGUUUUAAGAGUAGUGACAUAGAAAAAGCUGUGGGCUCACUGGACAAAGCAGGAGUAGACCUGCUGAUGAAAUACAUCUACAGAGGCUUUGAGAAACCAUCUGACAACAGCAGCGCUGUCCUGCUGCAGUGGCAUGAAAAGGCCCUGGCAGUGGGUGGAGUUGGCUCCAUCGUCCGAGUCCUGACUGCAAGGAAGACUGUCUGAUGAUUCCCAUAAUCUGCAGUUAUGGUCAUUAGGGCUGCUGUCCUUUUAAGAAACUGGAGCUGUGUCUUUCUGAUGCAUGACUUAGUUUUUUUCUGCUUUCACUCCUCUGGGAUUCAGAAGGUGCUGGCGCCUCAAACUGAAGUCACUUAUUUUUACUGCCAGCAGUACAGAAUUCCACUUUUCUUCUUAAACACAAAAUGGCACCUUGCUCUGUCAUCUGCUCAGCUACAACACUGAACCAUUCUAACUCAACCCCAGCUAUCCUUGUCCUUAACUCUACUCUUUUGUGGGUCUGACUCCUUAAGAUGAGAGGAAUGGAAAAGGUAGAUGGAUUCUCAUUGACACCUUUCCCUGCCUUUUGCCCAGCACAUGCUGGGACUGAACUUCAUUGUAUCUCAAAUUAGAAUAUUUGAGGUAAACUUUGAACAACUUUCAGUCUUUUUUUUUCUACUUCUGUCUUCACAAAAACCACAUCCAUGUGGCACUAUUGUGUGAAUGCUUUUUAUAUAUGGAAUAAACUAAAUAAAGAGCUAAACUUGAA